CAAAAUGCUUUUUCCAUUACCCCCUUGAAAAUCAUUAUAAAUAUCCAAAUGAGGUCUACCAGUUCAUUUCGGUGCAUCAGAUUUUUAAGAGCGGCAGAUCAUCCAUUGAGAUUGAUUAGCAGGGUAAUCGGUAAGGAGGGUUUUCAUUCUUUAGUACUUCGGGUGCCCACUAAGUAUGGUAUAUUGAAUUGGGUUUCUCCAUGGAAGAGAUUGAGCAGAUGAGAGGAGCUAAUGUCGGUGAGGGAUUCGAACCCUCCACCUCAGGGAGUAGUGGUAAUAAUAAUUUCAUGGAGGAAACGGGGGAAGAAGAUGAAGAUGUUUGCAGGAUUUGCAGAACAAAUGGAGAUGCAGACAAUCAAUUGUAUUAUCCGUGUGCGUGCAGUGGCAGUAUUAAAUAUGUGCAUCAGGAUUGUCUUCUUCAGUGGCUUAAUCACAGCAAUGCACGGCAGUGUGAGGUUUGCAAGCAUGCCUUUUCUUUCUCUCCUGUCUAUGCCGACAAUGCCCCAGCAAGGUUACCUUUUACAGAGGUUUUAGUUGGGACAACAAUGAAAGCAUUGCGUGGCUUGCACUUUUUUUUCCGGCUUUCCUUUGUGCUUUCUGUAUGGCUUCUGUUCAUACCAUUCAUAACUUUCUGGAUCUGGAGGCUUUCAUUUGUGAGGAGCCUUAUGGAGGCUCGGAAGCUGUUUAUAAGUCGGAUAUCUUCUGAUGGCUGGCUUCAUAUUUCUCCUGCUAUACUCCUCACAGAUUGUUUACAUGGAUUCCUUCUGUCUGCUGGAAUUGUGUUUAUAUUUUUGGGUGCAACAUCCAUGCGGGAGUACUUCAGACAUCUGCGGGAAAUAGAAAGGCAGAAUCCAGAGAGAGAGGAUGAUGGGAUUAACAGGCAAAAUGGAGAAAGAGCAGGAAGGCGGUUGCUCAUACGAGAUGUUGUGAAUGGUGAGGGUGGUGGAGCAGGUCAGGAAAAUGUUGGUGCAGUUCAAGUGAUCAGAAGAAAUGGGCAAAAUGCAGCAGCUGCUAAUUUAGAAAUGCAAGCAGCACGUUUUGAUGCAAAUGUUGAGCAAAUUUUUGAUGGUGGAGACGAUGCAGAUGGUGUUGAGGAUGUGCCAUUUGAUGAACUUGUGGGGAUGCAAGGGCCUGUAUUUCACUUGGUUGAAAAUGCAGUAACAGUACUGGCAAGUAAUACCAUAUUUCUUGGUGUUGUAGUUCUUGUACCUUUCCAUCUAGGAAGAAUGGUCCUGUCAAUUGCAUCCCAACUUGCAGUCACAACAAGUGGUGCAUUGCUUACUGCUGGGAUGUCAGAAUCAGCUAUGACUAUGGCUAUGGCUAAUAGCAAUGUAACAAAAGAUCUCAAGUCACCUUCCAACAUGUCUAAUUCUUCUCUGGCCAAAGAGGGUCUUGCAGGGAACAUUAAUGCUACUGUGCUUCAGGGUGAUCGUUCUUCAAAUAUUAUUGCAAGUGGGGGUUCUGUGGAUUUGUUGACAGAAGUCUUGCUUACGUCAUUGCAACUUUCUGAUGCUGCGACUCUUUCUAUUGGUUACAUGUCUAUUUUCCUUCUCGUCUUUGGUUAUCUUGGCUUAGUAGCUCUGAUACGUUAUAACAGGGGGGAGCCAUUGACAGUGGGAAGGAUCUAUGGUAUAGCAUCAGUGGCCGAGGCUGCCCCUUCCCUUGCAAGGCAAUUCCUGGCUGGAGUGAAAUACUUCUUCACUAUGGUGAAGGUUGCUUUUCUAUUACUGGUGGAGAUCGGUGUCUUCCCUCUAUUAUGUGGCUGGUGGCUGGAUGUAUGUACAAUUAGCAUGCUUGGAACAACAUUGUCCCAGCGUGUGGGAUUUUUCUGGGCUUCACCCAUAACAAGUUCAGUAUUUCACUGGCUUGUUGGGAUUGUAUAUAUGUUACAAAUAAGUAUCUUUGUCAGCCUUCUUCGAGAGGUACUCCGACCUGGCGUCUUAUACUUUCUUAGAGAUCCUGCAGAUCCAAAUUAUAAUCCAUUCCGAGAUCUCAUUGAUGAUCCUAUACAUAAACAUGCACGGAGGGUUUUACUGUCUGUUGUGGUUUAUGGAAGCUUGAUUGUCUUGCUGGUAUUUUUACCAGUCAAACUUGCAAUGCAUGUGGCACCUUCAAUGUUUCCACUGGAUACUUCGUAUGUUAAUAUGGUGUCAGAUCCGUUUACAGAGAUUCCAGCAGACAUACUUCUAUUUUCUAUUUGUAUUCCAUUUGCUAUUGAGCACUUCAGACCACGAGCAACCUUUAAGACAAUUCUUUUCCACUGGUUUUCUGCUGUUGGUUGGUUGCUUGGAUUGUCUGAUUUUCUUCUGCCAAACCCUGAUGACAGGGAUGGUCAAGCAAAUGUAAAUGGCAACCAAGGACAGCAAUUAAGAUUACAAGAUGUUCAGCAUCGUGUUGUUCAAGAACAAAACCAACAUAGAUUAGCACUUCCUGCAGCUGGGAAUGUUGAGAGGGCAGUGCAUGAGGGCAUGGCUUCUGAAGAGAAUGAUGUAGAUGACGAUGAAGAUACAGAAGACUGUAAGUUUGCUAUCCGCAUUGUGCUGCUGCUGUUUGGGGCAUGGUUAACCCUACUUUUCUUUAACUCGGCAAUGAUUGUGGUACCUAUUUCUCUUGGGCGGGCUAUGUUUUCUUCAAUUCCACGACUUCCAAUAACGCACGGCAUAAAAUGCAAUGAUCUAUAUGCGUUCAAUAUCGGAUGUUAUAUUAUAUGGGCUGUGGCUGCUGGAGUUGGAUAUGCAGUAGACUAUUUAAGGGCACACAGCUUCAAAGUUCUUUUGAUGAACAUGAUAAAAUGGUCUCUGAUAGUUUUGAAAAGUUGCAUUCUCCUAUCACUAUGGAUUGUUGUGAUUCCUGUUUUUAUUGGACUUCUGUUUGAGCUGCUGUUGGUAGUGCCCCUGAGAGUGCCAGUGGAUGAAAGUCCUGUGUUUCUUCUCUACCAGGAUUGGGCUUUGGGGCUUAUAUUCCUUAAGCUAUGGACAAAAUUGGUAUUGCUAGGUCAAAUGGCUCCACUUGCAGAUGAAAGUUGGCGAGUAAAAUUUGAGCAAGUCAAAGCAGAUGGGUUUUCUCGAUUGCGUGGGCUAUGGGUGCUUCGUGAGAUUGUGGCACCAAUACUCAUAAAGCUUUUGACAGCACUCUCUUUGCCAUAUGUUUUUGCUCGUGGUGUAUUUCCACUUUUUGGAUACUCUCUAAUUGUAAAUUCUGCUGUUUAUCGAUUUGCUUGGUCUGGGUGCCUUAUCUUGGGCUUAUUGUGGUAUUGGAUGAGAAGAUUUCAACAGUGGUUUAUGGACCUCCAUAAUUCCAUCCGUGAUGAUAGGUAUCUUAUAGGAAGAAGAUUGCACAACUUUAGGGAAGAGAAACUCAGAUCGCAUGGAAGCAAUGAUAAUUUUUCACAAGCUGCAAGAGACCCGUCAAGGGAUGUGGCUGUAGAAGCUAAUAGAGAUGAGGCUCCAGAGAAUGUUGAAAACAACCAGAGUUUAAGCUCUGGUUCAUCAAGCACACACAUGGAAACGACAAACUUAAGGCAUAGAAUAUCAAGUGCAAGUUCUGAUUAGUCACUUUCAUGGCUCCCACUCUGAUCUAGAGGUCAUAUAAAUUAUGUAAUGCUACCAAGAUCAACCUCAUUAAAAUUGCAAAUUUUUAUUUCUA